AUGUCGACUUCCAACCACGCCAAUGACGCUGAUGCCGGUGCGUCUACGUCAGCAGAUCAGUCGCAGCAGCAGUCCUUGCCACCAUUGCAUCAUCCACAGCGCUCCAACACAGCACACUCGGACGGCAGCAGCUCGUACUAUUCUAACGUCGCCGAAGAUCUCAAGCGUGCCACCGCAGAUAUCAACCUCGCUGGCUCCUCACAGUCAGCCGCUGCAGCUUCCGGCUCUCAACAGCGCCUCCAACCCUCUGCCGUGCCAAUGUUGCAAUCACGUUCGCACGAGCCAACCACACCCGCCCCGGCUUCCGAUCCAAACGCACAGCAACAGUCAUUGCGUCCAUCCACCUCCUUAGCCACUAGCAUUGCGACAGACGCAACCUCUUCGCGCAAUCGUGCAGACAUGGACAGGAUAAAGAGUCGCGCUGUAGAUCCGGGAUGGAGCUGGGAAAAGGAAAGAGAAAAAUACGAAGUAUCCAGCUCGAUGCGCUCCAACAGCGCCGAGUCUGCUCCCAGCCUGCCUUCCCGUGCCUCCUCUCGUCCUCCACCCCGUCUCGACACCUCCAGUCUACCAAGAACCAACAAUGGCCCAGAUCUCGCGCCCUCCAGCGUCUCGGGCGUCCAUUCCAACUUUGCCUCGCCUCAGAACCUCCAAGCUCCUUUCAACCCUAUUUCUGGCAACGCCGCCGUCGAGCGUCCAGCACCGAAUUCAGUCUCUUCCAACACAGAUGCAAAUGGUUCCGCGUCAACACCAUCUGGCUCCUCCGCUCCUGCGCCGGACCAGCAGAGAUCAGCUCAAACAUCGUCAUCCUCCGCCACCUCGCCGAGACGGCGCGAUCAGACCUGUCAAGCAUGCGGCAAGAUCAUGACUGGUCAGUUUGUCCGAGCGCUCGGCAGCGUCUACCAUCUCGACUGCUUCCGAUGCAACGACUGCGACAAAGUCGUCGCCGCCAAGUUUUUCCCAGCUACCGACGACAUGGUCGACUCCUCGGGCACAGGCCGUCUCUUUCCUCUCUGCGAGACCGACUACUUUCGACGUCUCGACCUCAUCUGUGCAAAGUGCAGCGGUGCGCUAAGAGGCAGCUACAUCACGGCGCUUGGCAAGAAGUUUCACGUCGAGCAUUUCACCUGCUCGGUCUGCCCAACCGUCUUUGGUCCUCAGGAUAGCUACUACGAGCAUGACGGCAGUGUCUUUUGCCACUUUCAUUACAGCACCCGCUUCGCCAUCAAGUGCACAGGCUGCAAAACGGCCAUCCUCAAGCAGUUUGUCGAGAUCAAUCGCAACAACACAGACGAACAUUGGCAUCCCGAGUGCUACAUGAUCCACAAGUUCUGGAACAUCAAGUUGUGUCCCACCGGAUCCACUCCCAAAGACGGCGCCGCAGCCGUGUCCGAAGUGACUGCUACCGACAACGGAAUCGACAGCCCCGCGCUGCAGCACUCAGCCAGUCAAGGAGACGCCGUCGAGUCGUCGCCCGGUCAAUCCGCUCCUUCGCGCACAGAGCCAUCUCCCGACGCUACCGAGAUCGAGGCCACCGAGACACCUUCCAGUCUCAAGCACAAGCAGAAACAGAUGGAGGAGCGCGUCUACCGCAUCUGGACCGUACUUUCUGCCUUUGAAGAGAGCUCCGCAGCGUGCAUCUCUGAAAUGCUCCGCCACGUCAGCAGCGGCCGCUACCUCGGCGGUGUCAGGAUGGCUGAGAAGUUCAUCCUACAUGUCGAGAUUCUUUUCUCUGCCAUCGACGACUUGGAGGCCAACUUUCGCAAGGAAGAUGCCAAAGGCGUCUCGCACAUUCGUGAAGCCAGAAUGUUAUGCAAGAAGAUCGUCAACUUCUUUUCCUUGCUUUCGCACACGCAGGAAACAGGUGCAAGGAGGAUGGGCAUCACUCAGGAACUCCUCUCGCUCGUUACGGGUCUGGCACACUAUCUCAAGAUCCUCAUCCGUAUCGCCUUGACGGGCGCGCUCAAGUUGGACCGCGAGUUCAACAACGAAAGCGCUCUCCAUUGGUUCCUGAGCCAGCUCGCCUUUUCCGCCAAGCUGGGCAGCAUCACUGCCGACGACAAGCAGGGCACGCAGCAGCCCAACACUAAUACCGUCGGCCCAGACGGCAAAUGGUAUGGCUACCGCUCCCUGCCCCGAUCCACCAGCUCGGGCUCGAGCGAAAACGGCGAAGCAGCAACCGAUCUUUGCGUUGCAUGUGGAUCCACCGUUGAAGAAGAGUGCUUGCGUAUGGGCGUCAAUCUGCGAUGGCACUCCAACUGCCUCAAGUGCUCGACGUGUCAGCGACCUGCUCUGCGUGAUGGAGCGUCGACGCGCAAGCAACCUGACCCUGUACCUGGUGCACCGGAGCCAUUACCAGCUUCGCAGUACGGUCUCGAGUCCAAGCGCAGACCGUCCGAGGGUAGCGCUGGUCUCCAGAGCGGUCCGCGCUCGUUGUCUUCCAGCUCGUGGACGUAUGCCUGCUUCUGCCCCCAGUGUUCUGGCGGCUUACAGCUCCGGACAGGCUUUGAGUCGGUCACAAGGCUGGAACAAUAUGCUUUCCUCUUACGUGUUGCGCUCAACCGCCUAUUUGCAUUGCUGCGCAAGCGCGGCGUUGUUCCGCCUUCGCCGCCAGUUUCAGCGACGCGUCAGGUGGGAGGAACUGACACUUCCACGCCGGGUGCUGCAUCGCCAGCUGAUGCCAACGAACAGGUUUCAAUGCACGAGGCGUACCGCGACUCGCAAGACAUCAAGCGAAUGAAGUCGGUGAAUCUAAAUCGCAAGUUGUCGACCAAGGCAAAGGUGCCCCGCAUCUCUACGGUGGUUGGCAGUCCGUCAGGACGGCAGACGCAGACGUCUGAUAUGCAGAAACACUCUCCCUCCGACAUUGGCCUGCAGACCGACAGCAGACGUUCACCUCGUCAAGCCAGCCCUGGCUCCUCGCCGAGGGAACCUAGUUCGCCCUUCAAGCGUGAAGUCGGUUCGUCUCGAGAACCCUCGCCGUCGAGUCGGGCACGACAAGCACAGCCGCCGCAAGGCUACCAGCAGCAGCAGCAGCAACAGCAACAGCCGUACAAACAGCAGCAGGUGUUCCAGCCGGUCCAGCAACAGCAGCAUCUUCCGUUUGCAUUGCCUCCCCAGCAGCAGCAGCCUCCUCAGUUUGGCAGCGGCACGUCCGGACGUUCUGGAUCGCCCUCAAACCUGGAGCCUGGCUCGAUUGUGCCGAUCCGACCUGCGUUUGCACGCCACAAUACCGACGUCAAGAUUCGCGAAGACGGGCCUAUGCGACAGCCUUCCGGCGAUGAAAUCCAGCGCGAGACAAGGAGUGAGGACGGCAUCACGCUCGCUGAUAUCCCGCACAUCUUGGAAGCCGAGCAGGCGCGCGAGCAGCACCGACCGCUGCCAAGCGAAGGCACGCGCUGCAUCUCCGAGUUGUCGGCUCUGGAGCUGUUUAUCGUCAAGCACAUGGCAGUCAUGUACCUUCAGCAGUCGGCGCUGCGAGACCACGUCAACCUGGACGAUUUGAUCGAAUUCAUCGAGACGCGCAAGAACACGUUUUGGGGCAAAAUCUUCAAGGGUGGCAAGGACAAGAAGGAGAUCAAGAAAAAGGGCGUAUUUGGCAUCCCUCUCGAGAUUCUCGUGGAACGCAAUGGCGCCGACUCAACGCUGGGUGCUAGUGCAGCACAUCUGCGCGUACCUUCGUUCAUCGACGAUGUGAUCUCGGCCAUGAAGCAGAUGGAUUUGUCAGUCGAAGGCAUCUUCCGCAAGAACGGCAACAUCCGUCGACUCAAGGAGCUGUCCGAGGCGCUCGACCGUGACAGCUCGGCAGUGAAUCUGCUCGAUGACAAUCCGGUUCAGCUGGCGGCGUUGCUCAAGAAGUUCCUGCGUGAGCUCCCGGAUCCGCUCAUGACGUUCAAGCUGCACAAGCUGUUUGUCAUGUCGCAAAAGCUGGAAUCCGAGGCGGAACGACGUCGCAUUCUGCACAUGGUGACCAUCUUGCUGCCCAAGGGUCAUCGCGACACGAUGGAGGUGCUGUUCGCUUUCCUCAAAUGGGUCGCAUCUUUCUCGCACAUUGACGAGGAGACGGGCAGCAAGAUGGAUUUGCCCAACCUGGCGACGGUGAUCUGCCCCAACAUUCUGUACAGCAAGGGAAGCGAUCCGACCAAGGACGAGACGUUCCUGGCCAACCGUGCUGUCUUGUACCUGCUUGAGCAUCAGGACGAGAUCUGGAAGGUGCCCGAGGAGCUCGAAGCGGUGUUGCAGGACAAGGAUUUGAUGAACGCUUCGUCGGACCUCACAUCGCGCGACAUUCUCAAGAAAUGCGAAAAGUACGCCAAGCUGCGCCAGAUGCGUGGCGGCAUCAGCAUGGGACGCAACGGCAGUGGUGGACCGCUUCACGCCGGCGAGCUGCAGAAUCGACAUCGACCGGAUGUACAUCCGCCCACGACGAUGCGGCAAGUGCAUCAGCGCGAGCAGAUGUUGCACCAGCAGCAGCAAAAUGCACACAGCCAGUAUUCGAGCAACAACGGCGCAUUGACGCCUGUGGGGACCGAGUUCUCGCGCAGCCCAGACAAGCAAGGUCCGUGGUCGGCGGGCGCUGUGCCGCCUGCCGGAUUCAGCAUGAGUCCGACGCAUCGCGGACCGCUGGGCAACCAGGGCCACACGCCGCAGAAGCCGCUCGGAUAUGCGCAGCAUGGCAAUCAAAACGGAUACGCAGGUCAAAAGCCCUUCUAUCAAGCGCAUGCGCAGCAACAAGCGCAGCAUAUGGUGCGCCAACCGGGCUCGGCGAGCGCCACCGGACUCGGGCCGCAGGCUUACAACUACCAAUCGCAGCAGAGCCAGCAACAGCAGCACUCGCUGUCGCAGGAUCAAGCGUAUACGAGGUUCUAUCGUGACGGCAAUGGAAGCGGUAGUGCCGUAGAGCAGAGGACUACUUAG